CUGCCUACCUCUAAACAACCUCUUUCUCACUCUAUAUCUAUAUGUGUGUAUAUAUAUAUAUAUGCAUGCAACCUCAAGUGUUCUUGUAUCGCUACUACCUCAUACUCAUAACCAAAGCAAAUCAAGAAAGCAAAUUCCACUCAAUAGAAAUGGAGGGCUCUAAAAAGUUGUUCUUGGCUACAUUGUUAUUCUUGGUUUUGUUUGUAUGCACAAUGCAAAUGGCUCAUGCAAUGGUUCAUCAUCACCAUUUUGUUGUGCAAGCGACGCCGGUGAAGAGGCUGUGCAAAACCCACAAUGCGAUCACGGUGAACGGGAUGUACCCGGGCCCCACAUUAGAGGUCGAGAACGGCGAUACGCUCGUGAUCAAUGUCGUCAAUAGGGCUCGUUACAAUGUCACCAUUCAUUGGCACGGCGUGCGGCAAAUGCGGACCGGAUGGGCCGACGGGCCGGAAUUCGUGACACAAUGCCCCAUUAGACCCGGCGGAAGUUAUACGUAUAGGUUCACGAUUCAAGGCCAAGAAGGCACACUUUGGUGGCACGCGCAUAGCUCGUGGCUAAGGGCCACAGUCUAUGGGGCUUUGGUCAUUCGGCCUAGAGCCGGCGAGUCGUACCCCUUCCCUAAGCCCAAGCAUGAAUUUCCCAUUCUUCUCGGUGAAUGGUGGGAUGCAAAUCCCAUCGAUGUCGUAAGGCAAGCGACACGGACGGGCGCCGCGCCAAAUGUGUCCGACGCUUACACCAUCAACGGUCAGCCCGGCGAUCUUUAUAAUUGCUCUAGCCAAGGCACGCUAACUUUUCCGGUAACCUCCGGCGCCACAACUCUCCUCCGGGUCAUCAACGCUGCCCUCAAUCAACAACUCUUCUUCAAAAUCGCCAACCACAAGUUCACCGUCGUCGGCGCCGACGCCUCCUACGUAAAACCUUUCUCGACUUCCGUUCUCAUGCUCGGCCCCGGCCAAACCACCGACAUCCUCGUCGCCGCCGACCAAAACCCCGCCCGUUAUUACAUCGCGGCGCGCGCGUACGCGAGCGCCCAAAAUGCGCCGUUCGACAACACGACCACCACCGCAAUCCUCGCCUACGACAAUUCCCCGAAAAAUUCCCAAUCGAAACCCGUCAUGCCGACAAUGCCCGCCUUCAACGACACCGCCACCGCCACCGCCUUCACCGCCAGCUUCCGGAGCCCGCGGCGGGCCCCGGUCCCGACCAAAAUCGACCACAGCUUAUUCUUCACUGUCGGGCUCGGGCUCAUCAACUGCCCGCCCAAAGCCCGGGCCCGGAACUGCCAGGGCCCGAACGGGACCCGUUUCGCCGCCAGCAUGAACAACGUGUCCUUCGUCCUCCCGUCGAAUUUUUCGCUCCUUCAGGCCCACCGGCAGGGCAUUCCCGGCGUGUUUACCAGCGACUUUCCGGCGAACCCUCCGGUCAGAUUCGAUUACACCGGAAAUGUCAGCCGGGCACUGUGGCAGCCCCGCCGCGGCACGAAGGUUUUCCGGCUGAAGUACGGCGAGACGGUGGAGGUGGUGUUGCAGGGCACCUCCAUUUUCACCGCCGAGAACCACCCGAUCCACCUCCACGGCUACGAUUUUUACAUUGUCGCCGAAGGAUUCGGAAACUUCAACGCCGCCAGGGAUGCCGGAAAAUUCAACCUCGUCGAUCCGCCGCUUAGGAACACAGCCAGCGUCCCCGUCGGCGGCUGGGCCGUCAUCCGAUUCGUCGCCGACAAUCCAGGCGUGUGGCUGAUGCACUGUCAUCUGGACGUGCACAUCACGUGGGGAUUGGCAAUGGCGUUCGUAGUUGAAGAUGGCGUCGGUGAAUUGCAGAAAUUGGAGCCUCCUCCUCGUGAUCUUCCCGUCUGCUAAACCAAUUAUAUAUAUAUAUAUAUAUAUAUAGAAAUUGAUUGAUUGGAUCGAUCUCUGCUGAAGAGAGUAUUCUUCCUGGACUGCCAUGGAAGCUCUCUGUAUUCGUUCCCCCAAUUUGGGGGCUUUUCUUAUUCUUUGCAUUUUUAUUUUUAUUUUUUGCAGUGUUUAUUUGUCAGGAAAUUGAAAGAACUAUCAAGUUAUUGUAUUUUUUUUUUAGUGAAAAAGAUUGAACUUUUUU